AAAACAAUAUGUUUACUUUUAUUAGAGGGCCGGUUCAAGAAGCGGUGAAUUUGUAGCGGCUAAGCCCAAAACGAAGUGGAAGGGUUGGGAGCCGCGAUGGAAGAAGAGAAAGAAGCAGUGAUGGUAACACCGGGAGAAGUGUUGGGAAGAAGCAGCGAUGUCAAAGCUGGGAGAGGAGCAUACGCAGCGCCUCACAACAACACCGUUUACGCCUCCCUAACCGGCUUCCGCCGUACCAUUCCUCCGCCGCCGGAUUCUCCCGACAAGAGGCCGACUGUUGAAGUAACUGGUCACAAGGCGCAUGGACCUGUUCCACAACCUGGAUCUGUUGUCAUUGUGCGGGUCACCAAAGUGAUGGCUCGGUCCGCUUCUGCUGAUAUUAUGUGUGUUGGAUCUAAGUGUGUUAGAGAAAAAUUUACCGGCAUUAUCAGACAGCAAGAUGUUAGAGCUACUGAAAUUGAUAAAGUAGACAUGCACCUGUCUUUUCAUCCCGGUGAUAUUGUUAAAGCUCUUGUGCUUUCUCUUGGAGAUGCACGGGCCUACUUUCUGUCUACUGCAAAGAAUGAACUUGGUGUUGUUUCUGCUGAAAGCAUUGCUGGUGCAACCAUGGUUCCAGUAAGUUGGACUGAGAUGCAGUGCCCUGUAACUGGACAAAUUGAGCAAAGAAAGGUUGCAAAGGCUGCAAGCUGACUAGAAUACUUCAUCAAGCAGGAAUUUGUUCUCUGUUUUGUAGAAAUGUACUAACAUGCAUUGUUGUUAGGGGGAGAAAUUAUACAUACGUGAACAGUUUUAUUUUUAGACAUACAGGAAUGCAAGCUUGUAGUUUACUUUGCAAGUUGGUCUACUUCUAAAAUAGCAAAAACGCGGGAUUUUCAUUCACUUGUGUUGUGAGCUGGACUUUGUUUCAUUUUAAGACAUACUUUAAUUUUCAAACUGGAA